AUGCGACGACAUACCAAGAGUUUUGUCCUCUCAUUCCUGCUGCUCUGUGAUCUUGCGAUCGGCCUACGAAGGUACAACUUCACAAUCACUAGCCAAUGGAGUGCUGCCGAUGGCCAUGGGCGACCUGUCUUUGCCAUCAAUGGGCAAACCCCUGGCCCCUUGAUUACAGCCGUUGAGGGUGAAGAAGUCGAGGUAUUCGUGAAUAACCAGCUCGCUACUGAGACUACUAUGCAUUGGCACGGGGUUUAUCAAGUGGACAGACCUUGGAACGAUGGAGUCCCUGGAGUAACGCAAUAUUCAAUCCAACCACGUGAUAACUACACAUAUCGGUUUACUGUACAACAGCAAUAUGGAAGCUACUUCUACCACGGACAUUUCGGCCCUGCAUUUGCCGAUGGGCAACGCGGUCCCAUCUGGAUAGAACCUGCUGCUUGGAGACCAAGACCAUACAAGACUAUUUCAUCAUCACCACAGGAUCUAAAAGGAAUGCAGCAUGCAGAAGCAAACCCUCGACAUGUUGUCAUAAGCGACUGGAAUGCUGAGCCGAUGGAUAUACUACUUAUAAUGUACCGAGACACGGGUAUUGUCCCCUGGUGCAGUAACUCGAUUGUCAUGAACGGAAAAGGGGGACCCGGAAGAAACUCACUCGGCUGCAUGGUCCAAGCCAAACAGGCGCUCUACGCCAACACUCAAGUUUGUCAACCGACAAUGGGAGAGCUUGAAGUCGUCGCUGCGGUGGAUGGAGAAGAAUGGAUAUGGAUCAACUUUAUCCAUUCUGGAGCACACCACGAGUUACAAAUCAGCAUCGACGAGCAUGAAUUUUAUGUCGUGGCAGCAGACGGAGAAUUUGUUCACCCCCAGAAGGUACAUGCGGCUAACUGCAAUCUUGGAGAACGUAUUAGCAUCCUAGUACAUCUGGAUCAAACCCCAGGCGACUACGCAAUUCGCUUAACAUCACUUCGAAAAGAACAGGUCAUCCAGGGACUUGGCAUUCUUCGUUACCCCUCCAAAAAGAACAAUAACGAAAUUACAAAAAUACCUACCACGAAACCAUGGGUACACCUCAAUGGCACUCUAGUAUCUGCGUCUUUGAAGUCUAUGGACGAGAUGAAGCUGGCUCCUUUCCCUGCGAGACCUCCACCACCAACCUCUGACGAAACAGUAAAGCUAUUCAUCAACAUGACAGGGCCUUCAGCUUGGUCUUUGGGUCUGGGUUCUCACCAAGCAUUCCGUCAACAGUUGCCACCUCUUCUGUGGCAAGAGGACUCCCGAGGUAGCACAACACUGGGUGACCAGAACGCGCUCCGGAAUGGAUCUGUGGUUGACAUCAUAUUCGAAAAUGGAGCCAAUGUUACGACUCAGCAUCCCUUCCAUAAACAUAAUCACAAGGCGUGGAUAAUUGGAACUGGGCAUGACGGAUUUCCUUGGGCAACAGUUCAAGAGGCCCUUGAUGCAGGUGCUACGGACUACUUCAAUUUUAAGGACCCUCCUAUUCGCGAUGGAUGUCGGCUUGGAAACGCUACUGGAGACUGGACUGUCAUUCGCUACGAGAUCACGUUCCCUGCUGCGAGCAUGCUACACUGUCACAUGAUUCAUCAUUUUGGGGCUGGACAGCAGAUAGUUGUUCUUGAAGGAGUAGAGUCAAUGGCCCCGAUUCCCGAUGAGGUAAAACAAAAGGUUCACGCAGACUUUGUGCCGAACCUUCGUUACGGUCCUUUGGACUGA